AUGACCCCCCGAUCUUUCUUCUGCUUAACUCUCAUUUUAUGCCUUUCCUUUCACCUCCAUCUUCUCUCCGCUUCUCAAUUCGAAGGAUUUGAUGCUGAAGACGACGAUGCUUCCGACGAUUCCUCUGAUCUCCACCACUCUCUCCCUCCGCCUACCAUCACCCAGUCGCACUCAUCACUUCCCGAUCCACAACCAUCUCCCGACGACCUUACCUCCGAUCUCAUCCCCGAAUCAGACCCCGAGCCUCAGUCGGAUCCCUCCUCCACGCCCUUCGAUUUCUGGGAUGAAGACGAGUUCGAAGGUCUGCCAGAGACGAUUGACUCUUCACCGACUGCAGAAAACGCCACAGAGACGGCAGAUCCAGAGACUGCCUCCACAGCUCAAGACGCCACUCCUCCGAGUAAGAAGAAGAAGAAGGAGAAGUCGUACGCAAUCGAGAUCGCGUGCGUCUGUUUCUUAAUGGCUCUCGGAAUCAACUACUUCGUCGGUAAACGCGAUAACGAGCGCCUCGCUUUGGCUUGGGCCGCCAAAUUCGCUUCCAAGGACACUAUAUUCCACAAGAAUUUCAGCUUGCUAGGAGUUGGUGACGGAGUGGAGUCGCCGUUGCUGCUUAAAGAGGCGUUGAAUGUGUUCAAAUUCUACGCGAGCGGACGCAGGUACUGCCAUGGAUUGCUUGCCACCAUGGAGCUUAAGAGCAGGCACGAUCUGAUCUCCAGGGUUUUUAACUUGGUGGUGCCUUGUAAAGAUGAGAUCACCUUUGAGGUUUACAUGAACGAAGAGGCGAUGGAUCAUGUCGUGUUUGCGAUGGCUAAGAAGAAGGCUGCGAAAACUAUGCAAAAGGAGGUGAAGGAUCUGCAGAGAUUCGCCGGGAUUGUGUCUCCUCCCGCCGGGAGGAAGUGGGUUUCGGAGGAGCUGAGUGUCAUCUCUGAAUCCAAGGAAGUUGCUGGGGAUAUGAUCACAGACACUGUGCUUGAUCAGGUUUUUGGUGACAAGGCUAUGGAGAAGUAUGGGAAGAACUUCAUGUCGAUGCAUAUCUCUGACCAACACCCUGGCAAACACAGGAAGAUGAUGCUUUUCAAGUUUUCCUUACCAGAUGCUAAACACAUGGAUGAUAUCGUCCGGCUAGUGGCACUAAUUCCAUACUACAUCGACUUGGUAGGACGGUACAGACUCAGUACCCAGGCAAGGAAUAAAACUGAGACCGGUAGGCAAAAGGCAGCAGAGGAAGCCUACAAGGAACUUCAGAACGCGAGGCAAGAGGCAUUGCAGAAGAAGAAGGCAGAGAGGAAGAAACUGAUGGAGGAAGCGGAAGCAAAGCUGAGCGCAGAAGUGAUUAGGAAGAAAGAGGUUAAAGAAAGAGCAAGGCAGGUGAAAAAGGCAAUGCCCAAAGUUAAGAUGAGCCGUGGUCACUAAGCUAAAAUUUCAAUUUUUUUUUUGUUUCGUUAAGGCCACUCUUUAUACUUAAAAAAGCAUAUCAAACAUUAUCACGUGUUUUACUCGGUAGCUUCUUCUUUUGCUUUUCAUUCUCUUAUAUGCAUUGUUAUACCAUUUUUGAAUGAUGUUGGAGUUUUUUGAUGUUGA